GUCUCAGUGCAAGCCACGUGCGUCACCCUGACCGCCAUGAGUGUGGACCGGUGGUACGUGACCGUGUUUCCACUUCGAUCCCUGCGACAGCGCACGCCACGAGUCGCUGCAAAUGUUAGCAUCAGCAUUUGGGUUGGUUCCUUCAUUGUCUCCAUCCCGGUGCUGAUUUACAACCAGUUAAUAGAAGGCUAUUGGUUCGGUCCACAAAAGUUCUGCAGCGAGUCCUUCCCCUCUGUGUCCCAUGAGAGAGCCUUCAUCCUGUACAACUUUUUAGUGGUGUACCUCCUCCCUUUAUUGACCAUCUUCCUCUGUUAUAGUGCUAUGCUUUACCAGAUGGGACACCCCACUGUGGAGCCAGCUGAUAACCACUACCAGGUACAGCAACUGGCAGAACUCUCUGAAGCUAUGCGAGCCAAGAUCUCUCGUAUGGUGGCCGUCAUAAUUGCUCUGUUCACUAUCUGCUGGGGUCCAGUGCAGCUUCUGAUCCUCUUCCAAGCCUUUGACUCCAGCUUUCGGCACAAUUACUAUACCUAUAAGGUGAAGAUUUGGGCUCACUGCAUGUCCUAUGCCAAUUCCUCCCUCAACCCCAUUGUCUACGCCUUCAUGGGCACUAAUUUUCGGAAGGCCUUCAAGAAAGUUUUCCCACUGGCCUUUAAGCAGAGGGUGGGUAGCUCCAACAUUAGUGGCCAGCCCAAUGUCAACACCGAGAUGCAGUUUGUCUUAUCAGGAAUGUAG